AUGAACUGGAAACUUCAAUCGUUCAAUUCUGGCGAAUCUUAUGGAGGUUUUAUUCAAAAAUUCUUCAAUGGAAGAAUUCCAUUUCGAGAAGCACAUAGGCGACUAUUACAGGAGAUUGGCAACGAUACAUCAGAUAUGGAUCAAUCUUCCCCUUCUUCAAGUACUCAAAGACCCGGGAUCAAACGUGUGAGCUCGCCAAUUGGGGCUCCAGAAGAGCCAAGACCUUCAAAAAUGAAUAGACAAGAAGAACCAGAAGCACCGAUUCCUGAAGAGCAUCCAAGAAAUGAAUAUGAGCAGCAGCUUUUUGUGCAAAGAUGGGAACGAGAACGAGUCAGCUACUAUGCGGGAAUAUACGACCCACAACAUGAGUUUCCACACCAAGUCAACCAUAUUAUUCAAAUAGGACAAAUCAGAGAUUUCUAUGAAGAAUUGAUGCUAGCAGGGAUGGAUAGUUGUCCUCGUGACGCAGAAAAUUUUCGUUUGGCGGAAAUUGCAAAUAUUUGGGAUUUAAGAAAUGAUCAAGGCAAAGAAGAAGUGAAAUAUGAUAAUCGAACUGUUGAGUACAACACUCCUAGCUACAAGAUUUUGGCGGCUUGUGAUUUCUAUUUUAUUAUUAGAAUGUCCACUUUAAGCCUGAAAAGACUUGGAAUCAAAAUCGAUCCAUUACCAGACAAUAUGCCUCAAGGAGACGUUCGAUUUGUUGAUAUUUCUAUGCUAAAAAUCAUCACUGGAUUGAUAUCCGAUAAGAAACCGAAUCGUCUAAGAGUGACGAAGUUUUCGUAUAUGUUCAGUCGAGAAUCAGACGUUUUAGAUGAAGCACCAAUCCAAUUAGAUCCCUUCAUUUAUUUGUUGGAGGACAGAGAAUUGAAGACAGUUAAACUUCGGGCUUGGGAUGAUCGAAUGGUUUUGCAAGCCAACAAUUACCCGAACAUGGUACGUAAUUGUCUGAUGAGACGUCAUAGUGUUCAGUGCGCUCUGCCAAGAUGGACAAAUGUCGAGACACUGGACAUUCGCGACGAAAUCGUUUUUAUGGCAGAUGAGGAUUUCACAUGGGAGUGGGUGUAUUUUUUCCCAAACAUUCUUCUACCUCGAUUGUCUGGUAAUGAUGUAUGGAACGCGCAGCGUAAUCUCCAAUUGGAAGGAAAUGAAUACCAGCAAUACACUGUGAUUUGUAGUCAGGAUUUGAAUCACGAUGAAAUCUUAGAAGCUUAUAUUAGAAGCGACAUUCAAGGAAAAUUUGAAAACCAUCCUGCACUUGGUUUCCCACUGAAACAUACUCGUAUUAAAGGAGAUGGGAAUACAUAUGUUUUGGAAAUGAUACCGAAACAAAUCAAAUUCAUAGUUAGAGCAACGAUGGAGGAUGAUUAA